UUUUCAUAUGGCUUUAGUUGCGUGUAUUACCUCUUCCGAUGAAGAGGUUAAGUGGAAAUUGGUUGAAAAGCGAAUGAAAGAAAAUUUUUUUUCAAAUGCAGUGCAAGGAACUUUAAGGCCUCUUUAGUGACUUUUUUCGUCCAAGCGACAAACUUAACUAUUUACAAGAAGUAUUUUUUUAUUACAAUGGAUACUCCUUACUGUUUAUGCGGACAGCCCUAUAACCCAAAUAUUUUUAUGAUACAAUGCGACCUUUGCAAAGACUGGUACCAUGGAAGUUGUGUCAACUUCCAAGAACACCUGGCCAUAGAAAUAGACAAAUACCAUUGCCCCAGAUGUACACCCAUAUUUGGACCUUCAAUAAAUAAACCUUGGAAGAAUUAUCACAGACAUGACUUUUGGGAUGAAAACGCAACGGAGAGGCCGGUUCAAACGGGAACGGCUGUUUUUAUUAAAGAGUUACGAGCCAGGCAUUUUGCGAGUGAAGGUGAAGUAGUUAUCCAUAUGCGCGGCCAACAAUUAACAGAGACUUUCCUUCAACAAAGAGGGUUUGAUUGCCCCAUCGUCAUCGAUGGGAAAGAUGGAUUAGAAAUGAAUAUUCCUUCGGAUACUUUCAGCCUUUACGACGUUGAAUCAUACAUCGGUGGCGAUCACGAAAUGGAUGUCAUUGAUGUGACCCGUCAAACAGAUGUAAAAAUGAAAUUGCGCGAUUUCGUGGCGUAUUUUAAUAGUUUAAAUCGAAUGCGGGUUUUCAAUGUUGUUAGUUUGGAAUUUUCUGGCACAGGAUUAUCACGACUAAUAGAUGCCCCUUUAGUUGCGAGAAAAUUAGAUUGGGCAAACACAGUUUGGCCCUACGAUUGUACGGUGAAUCGACCUCAAGUCCAAAAAUAUUGUCUGAUGAGUGUUAAAGAUGCUUACACGGACUUUCACAUAGAUUUCGGGGGGACCAGCGUUUGGUAUCAUGUUGUUUGGGGCGAAAAAAUUUUUUAUUUUAUUAAACCAACGCCUGCUAAUCUCACGUUGUAUCAACAGUGGAUGACGGCGACGAAUCAAAGUGAAACAUUUUUUGGCGAUCAAGUUGAUCGAUGUUAUAAAGCAACUUUAAGACAAGGACAAACAAUGGUGAUACCAACAGGUUGGAUACAUGCUGUUUUAACCCCUAUUGAUUCAUUAGUUUUUGGCGGGAAUUUUUUGCAUAGUUUAAAUAUUCCAAUGCAAUUACAGGUUUAUGAUAUAGAAAAGAAAAUAAAAACGACAGAAAAGUUUUUAUACCCUCAUUUUGAGAUGAUCAACUGGUUUGCUGCUCAAAAAUUAUUAACACAAAUAACUGAAAUUAAUUCGGAAGAGAAACGAUGUCCUAGCACUUUAUUAACCGGUUUAAAAUCAUUACUUUCCUCGUUAAAACAAUGGAAUACAGAGAAAGAUUAUAAUUUAAGUAGUAGAGAACAAAUUCCCAUAAGUAUAAACACAACAAAACUACUAAAGGAUAUUUCCAAAGAAAUAAGGCACGCUGAAAGAUUUAUUAAUUCGUUGAAUCCUCCCAAACCAGAACGGGAGUCAAAGAGGAAACGAAAAAAACCCGUUAACAAAGACUUUGUUGAUUAUUCUUUAAAUACAAAGAAUGAUUUUAUUGUUGAUAUACCGGAAGUGCCGGCAACAACCCCUAUUAAAUUAACGUUACCAAAACCUGCAAUAUAUCCUUACGAAAAUUCAUUGAAUACCCAAGAUAUACGCAGUACAUUUCUUGAGGAUAGUUGGGGAAGUAGUAUAUUAAGUAGAGAAGAUGGAAAUUCACAAAGAAAUUGUGUUUUAAAAUUAAAAUUAGGUUCAAAAGAUGGUAUUCCAAGUGGACCGGAUUCAAAUCUAUCCCUUGAUUCCGCGUUAACUUUUGGAAGUAUGAGUAAAUCAGUUUAUGAUUUUAAUGAUGAUAGCGAUAGAGAUGAUGAUUGCUUUAAUUUGAGUAUUGAUGAGAGUCCACGGAAAACAAAAAAAUCGAGCGGAUCGUUAAAAAUGAGACUACCAAAUAGUUGGGGUCCGAAAUCGAAAAAACGGGAUGAUCUUGAAGAUAUUCCUAAAAAUGGUAUUGAAUCCUUAUUAAAAGCUUCAGCUUUAACAAAUAAAUUUAUGGAUGAUGGAAGUGGACGAACGUCGCCGUCAACACAAGAAGCAAUCGCGGGAAUGUUAUCUAUAAGCCAAACGUUUAUUCAACCUGGGAGAGCACCCGCUAGGUCUCGAAAAUAUCGUUCGUUAUCAAAUACACUUUCUGAAGAGGAAGAUAUUAAUAAUGUUCACCAAGAUGAAGAUUACAUUUAUCCAUCUUUGGAUAAUUCUGAUGAUGAAGAUAUACAUAUCUUUAAGCCAAGAGGUCGAUCAAAGAUCGAUGAGGCUUGGAAUCCAAAAGCCCGUGUCGGGCCAUUAUUGCCGAAAAUGAACCGUCCAGCGCGUGAAGGUACCAAAAAACAAGCCGUGGAAAAAGUCUUAGAGGCGGCUGCUGCAAAAAGAGCUUGUGAAAGUCCUGAAAAAAGUCCAAAAAGACAGUAUAGACGAAAAAAAAUUAAACCAAAAUUAACGGAAAAAACUACGUCUUCUGUACCAAAUACAACAACCAUAGCGAGUACAUCUACACAUGUAGUGACUACGCCUAGACCUCGAAAAGGAAUGAAAACUGCUAAACAGCGCCUAGGAAAGAUUUUGAAAAUUCACAAAAUGAUCCACUGAUUUGUCCACGUCGAAUAGUUGAAAAAAAAAACUUUAGAACAAUUAUCACUGAACAGUAUUCUUUUUUUUUUUUAAUAUUAUAUUAGUUGUGUUCUUGUUGUUAAUCUUUACAGUGUUUAUUUUUUAUUGAAAUCAUGGGUAGUUAUUGUUAAUUUGAAUUAUGUAUGGUUUAGUUUCAUUUAAUUUUGUUUUUUAAUCAUGUCCGAAUCUCGUUAUAACAUUUCUUUUUCUUAUAACAUUCCAAAUUCAAUGAUUUUAUUAGUUAACUUUUUUAUAUCGUGUCAUGGAAUUGAUUUUAAUUAAUAUAGUUUUACUGUGAUUUUAUGUCAUUUCUCAAUAAAAACAAGUUUUUU